UGCGAGAGUUUAUCUAGUACGGAAAUAGCAGUCACGUAUUCCUACCAAGAGAGUCUCUCUUUCAAACCAUGAAUGGAAGUAUCAACAUCUCUAAUGGGACAGUAUCCUUCUCUGGACAAUGCCACCGAGACACCAGGAUAGCCCACGUGGUCUUCCCAGUCUUGUACAGCAUUCUUUUCCUUGCUGGGUUUCUACUGAACUGUCUGGCUGUAUUGGCUUUUUUCCAGAUACAAAACACAUCAAGUUUCAUCGUGUAUCUUAAGAAUACCUUGGUUUCUGAUUCCAUAAUGACACUUAUGUUGCCUUUCAAGAUUCUAACGGAUUCAGAACUGGGAUUGUGGCAACUCAAAGCUUUUGUUUGCCGUUUUUCCGCCGUAAUAUUUUAUGAGACUAUGUACAUCAGCAUAGUGCUGCUGGGACUUAUUUCUUUAGACAGGUUUCUCAAGAUCAUUCGACCAUUUGGGAAAUUUUGGUUGCAUAACGUCACUUCAGCAAAAAUUCUCUCAGGGUUUGUCUGGUUCUUCUUUUUUGGCCUCUCCUUGCCAAACAUGAUUUUGUCAAACCGUGAAGCUACACCUCUUUCUGUAAAGAAGUGUGCAUCCUUGAAGAAUCACUUGGGACUGAAAUGGCAUGAAGCUGUCAACUAUAUAUGCCAGUUCAUCUUUUGGACCGUACUGAUCUUAAUUCUCUUGUUUUAUAUAAUUAUUGCUAAAAAGAUCUAUAGCUCUUAUAUAAAAAGUCAGACAAAAGGGUGUAAAAUUAAGCAGAGAGCCAAGAGUAAAGUAUUCAUCAUUGUAGCUGUUUUCUUUGUCUGCUUUGCCCCUUUUCAUUUUGCCCGUGUACCUUACACUCUCACACAAACUGGCAAGAGUAUUGACUGCAAUAUACAGAACCAAUUAUUUAUAGCAAAAGAAAGCACUCUCUGGUUAGCAUCUGCAAAUAUAUGUAUGGAUCCUCUGAUUUACAUAUUCUUGUGCCGACAGUUUGUAGAAAAAGCUUUCUGUGUUAAAUUACGAAAAUCUAAGUAUACAACUCAAGAAAGUCAAACUAUUGCACUGGACACUGGAAUAUCUGCAUAGCCUUUUUGGUUUUCAGCCCUUUCUUAUUCUGAAAUUUGCAUUACUGUGUUUUUAAAUUAAAAUACAUUUUAAU